UGAGACAGUUAGCAACAGGAAGAGAGAGAGAGAGAGAGAGAGGUGAGGGUAUGGUUGAACUGAAUCAGUAGGAAGAAAAACCUCACAAUUAUUAACCAAUUCCUAAUUCACAAAAGCAAUAAAUCAUUACUCCGUUAACUCCGACGAGAUGAUGUUCUUUAGCAGAUAGAUGCAUCUGUCUCGCUUUUUGCAAAUGUGGUUGUGCCUCGUCAAUAAAUCAGGUCACCGGAAAGUUGGUGGGUGAAAUCAAUUAACAAACCCAGCAGAUAGGAACACAUGAGCAAGACUGCAGCUUACAGGAACUAUCUUAAAAUAGUUUUCUCACCUGCGAAAACAGAGCUGUUCACUCACGAUGCUUUAAUCAGAAGGAGAGAGGAGAAAUUUAUACAACAAUUAGACUUCUGCAUGCGCUGGGAGAAAAAGCUUGCCCGCAUGAAGUGGAAAAAGCGAUGGCUGAUCGGUUCACGAAUCUUCCCAAAAAGAGACAAGAUAUCUCUCGAGCGCUGGAGAUAUCCUACAGCUCCACCUUUGAGCUCUUCAAGAAGAACAGAACCCACUGCCACUGGAAGAACGACGCCUUCCAAGAUCUAAUGGAACACCUCAACCGACAAGCCAAACCACGUGGGGUCCAGGUGAGCUCUGAACUUGAGACUUUGGUCGAGAACUUCAAGAAACUCGAUCAGUUUCUCGCACAGCAGGAGUUUAGCUGCUGCGCGUGGGAGACCGUGCGUCAGGACGUCCUGCUCGUCAUGAACCACUUCACGAAAAUGACAAAAACCAGAAGAAGAAAUUAACACAGAUUAACACAGACCACGCGGUCAAUUAAACGCUGUCUAUUAUUUAUUAACACGCUCGUUUCAUUUAGUUUUUAUUUUCCACUGAAGUCGAUCCUCUAGUGAGACGAAUCAAUGAAUUUCCUGACGAAUGAAUGUUAAUAUGCCGCUUUAUUAACGGCUCUGGGCUUACGCUAUUUAUAAACAUAUUUAUUUUAGAACGACUGGUUUAGGCUACACUAAAAUGUUCCAAAUAAGCUUUUGUUGUCAUUUAUGAUACAAACCACUGUUUAUCGGGGACUGUGCUAUUAUAUGAAGGAAUCGUGUCGUUUACGUGUUGAUUGUAAUGGAUGUCUAAAUGUCUUUCUUACAUGUGAAUUUAUCUCUUGACCAAUGCUGACAAAAAAAAAUAAAAUAUUUACAUAA